AUGAGGAAUUGGAUGGGUAAGACAAGAGUAGAACUACCCAAGAGCAAGGGAACUCAAAAUUGGACUUUUGGAAUCUGCAUUGCAGUUUCGGAAACUGCAUUGCAGUUUUCAUUUAAUUACAAUUGGAUUUUUGCUCUUUCUUUGGCCUUCAACCUCAUCAAUUUGAAGAGUAGAGGCUACCCAGAUGUGGAAUUGGGAGGGAAAGAGAAGAGUAGAACUAUCCAAGAGCAAGGGAACUCAAAAUUGGACUUUUGGAAACUGCAUUGCCAGAAACAAAGUACUUUACCAACAUGUCUUGAAUAA